AUGUAUUGCAAUCUAACAAGGAGCCAAGGAUUUCCAAUGGCGAUUAGAGUUUCCUUGCAACAGACGACAGUGAAAACGUUCCAGCUCUCAAAGUCCUCGUAUUUACCAGCUAAGCUUUGCAUAAACCCCAAAGGAAGCGCCUUUGCGAAUGUUCCCACUGGGUUUAGCUCCGGUAAGAGUCAAAUGCGUCUUUUAGUUAGUUCUCGGAUCGGAAUGAUAGGGAAGCUCGAAAGCGUUAGAGAAUACUCGAGUUUUGAUUCGCAGAGAUUUGGCAAACGAAGUAGUAAUAGAGGGAGCUCUGGAUUAGGAUCGAAAACUUUCCGGGAUAAGAGAACUCGCGGAAAUGGCCGUGGAGAUUCAAUUUGGGUGAAAUCUGAUGAUAAACCUGUGGAAGAGAGGUUUCAGCGAGCUAGAGAUGGUAGAGCUAGAUACGAUUCAGUUUCUUCUGAUAGGAGAAGCAGAUUUGGUGCUCAAGGUGAAACAAGGAAUCGAAGAGAUGAUAGAGGCGUCAAAGGAAAAGAAGAAAGCGAGAAAGCUAGCGGAAAUUCGAUUUGGGUGGCUAAUGAUAAACCGGCUAAAGAGCAAUCGCCGAGAGCUAACCGGUCAUCUUGGGAGGAACAAGAUGGUAGAGUCACUGAAGAAACAGUGAAUGAUGCCAAUGAAGAUGAUGAUGAUGAUGUUGAAGAAGAACCAAGUGAUACUAGGUGGCCUGAGAUCAAGAACAGGUUUAAUAGAUAUGAUGUAAGAAGAGAUCAAGGGCGUGAAGAUUCUGCAGCGUAUCGAAACUGGAACAGGCAAGAGAGCUGGGGUAAGAAGACGUGGCAGGAGGCGAGCGAGUCAAGCGUGCCUAGGAUGAUUGGCGAAGUUGUUUAUGGAGUGAGUCCUGUGUUAGCUGCACUCACUGUUGAGAGAAGAGAGUUCUACGCUCUGUACGUUCAAGAAGGUUUGGAUUUGAGCAGUAACAAUAGGAAGAAGAAAGACAAGAAAGGCUUUGAGAAGGUCUUGAAGCUCUCUGAGAGACUCGGUUUAAACAUCAAGGAGACUUCGAAGCAUGAUCUUAACAUGGUUGCUGAUAACAGACCACAUCAGGGAUUGGUGCUUGAUGCUUCUCCGUUGGAGCUUGUGAAAGUGAAAGAGCUAGACCCGGUUUCAUCGGAGGAAGAGAAAGCUUCUCUUUGGGUGGCUCUUGAUGAGGUCACUGAUCCGCAGAACUUAGGAGCCAUCAUAAGAUCAGCUUACUUCUUUGGAGCCAACGGUAUUGUUGUCUGCGCGAAAAACUCAGCUCCGUUGAGUGCGGUUGUGAGUAAGGCAAGCGCUGGCUCGCUGGAAGUGAUGGAGCUUAGAUACUGCAAGAACAUGAUGCAGUUCUUGGAAGCUUCUGCUGAGAAUGGUUGGCGUGUGGUUGGUGGUUCGGUUUCUCCAAAGGCUGUUGCUUUGAAGGAGGUUGUACCUGGUAGCCCGACGAUUCUUGUUUUGGGGAACGAAGGAACGGGUUUAAGGCCAUUGGUGGAGAGAUCAUGUACUGAGUUGGUUCGGAUUAGCGGUAAUAUGGCGAAGGAUGUUGCAGUUACAGAGUAUGAUGAUGAUGGGGAAGGCGAAGGAUCCAGAUCUUUUGUUGCUGUGGAGAGCUUGAACGUGAGUGUUGCUGCUGGUUUGUUUCUUCACCACUUGAUAGGCAACAAAGCAAGUGUUUGA